AUGCAAAAAGCAAAAGCGCUGAUUUAUAAAUCGUUCGGAGACCCAAGAAAGGUUCUUGAGUUGACAACGAUUGAUGUGAAAACGAAGCCCGUUGGGAAUGAGGUUCUCAUCGAAUGGUUGGCGUCACCAAUAAACCCAUUGGACAUCAAUCGAAUCCAAGGAAACUACGCGAUUCGCGAGAAUCCGCCGGUGAUCGGCGGAAGUGAAGGCGUCGGCAGAGUCGUUGCGGCGGGACCCGAGAGCCGCUUCAAACCCGGCGAUCAUGUGACGAUCUUCUCAAUGAAUACGCCGUUUUGGAGCGAAUACGGGAUUAUCGACGACGCGGAGCUCAUCAAACUCGAUUCGCGAAUCCCAUUGGAUCUCGCCGCGACCCUAAUGAUCAAUCCGCCAACAGCAUGGGUGAUGCUCAAAAAGUACGUUAAGCUCAAUAAAGGCGACUAUGUCAUUCAAAAUUCGGCCAACUCCGGUGUCGGACGGUCCGUAAUCCAGUUGUGCAAAGAAUUUGGCUAUAAAUCCAUUAAUAUUGUUCGAGAUCGACCCGACAUCACCAAUUUGAAGACGGACCUCUGGAAGAUCGGGGCCGAUCAUGUGUUCACUGAAGAGGAAUUUGCAGCGAAUGGGAGAAAGUUUGUCAAAUCGCUUAAAAUCGCCCCGAAAUUGGCAUUGAAUGGUGUCGGAGGCAAAUCGGUGCUUCAAAUCAGCUCAACACUUGGACGAGGUGGAACAUGUGUAACUUAUGGGGGAAUGUCGAAGAAGGCGCACGAGUUUUCGACGUCGGCGCUGGUGUUCAACGAUAUUCGCGUUCGCGGAAUCGCCGUUGGAAUUUGGGCGCGAGAUCCGACGAAUCACGACGAAUGGAUGGAGUGCGUGCGCGAGAUUCAGGAGCUCGCCGUUCGUCGCGCGAUCACCGCCAUUCCAAUGCAGCGCGUCACCAUGUCCGAAUAUCGAGAGGCGCUGAAGAGGUCCAUGGAAGGGCGGAGCAUCAAACAGCUCAUUGUGAUGAAUCAAACCAACGCCAAACUCUGA